AUGUUUUCUUUACUUCUUUCGAGAAAUGGUUCGUUUUUGUCAAUUCCAACAUCAAAAUUCUCAAUGUCAUAUAUCAGUCGUAAUAGCGGUUUGGCAUAUCAUAAGACACCGAAUUCCACUCUGAAAAUAUCCAAACACACUCUACAGAUGAAAAAUCAUGUUUGUUAUAAGGAUAGACGUGAGUUUUCGCUGUUACUAACGGUAAUCGGUGGCAUGGCGGCACGGCGCUGGUGGUUCAAUCGGCCGCCCGAGACGAGACGGCGGUACGCGGAUGCGGCCUGGAAGUACCGUUUAGCCAUUGGCACGACGAUGAUCACCGGACUAUGUCUAAUCGGAACGUAUCUGUCGUGUUACAUGGAAUUGGACCCAUGGACGGACCUGUGGCGGCUUUUCAUAUUCAGUGAACGGACGAUCGAGGUAAAAGCCGACAAACAGGUGGCUAUUAUUCUGGGUGUGAUGGGCAAGUGUUGCCUUCUAGGAAUAGAUCAUCCUACAUACAAACGAGUGGUUGGCGUGACGUCUCGGCUGUUGAACGCUAACAUAAAGGUGAACGAGAUCCGAAAUCACCAGUGGAGUGUGGUAGUGGUGGACAACCCUAUGAUCAACGCUUUCGUCAUGGCCAAUGGGUUCAUUUUUGUAUUCUCCGGUCUGGCAGCCGUUGCCAACGACGAUCAGCUUUCGAUAAUAGUCGGCCAUGAGCUGGCUCACUGCAUACUCCGGCACAUGAACCAUUAUAACAGCGUCAAUUUAGCGGUCCACUUACUGUGCAUGUUACCUGUAUCUAUGGUCCUAUCAAUCAUACUGCCAUUCCCUCAGGCGUUGAUAGCAGUCAUAAUGUGUCAACUAGUCUUAUAUGUUUGUGUAGGGUUGACUACUCAAAGGUCCCAUGAGAUCGAGGCAGACCGCGUCGGCUUGGAGCUGGCCGCGAACGCAUGCGUAGACGUUACCCAGGGUUACCGAUUCUGGGAGAACAUGUCUAAAAUAAAUGGGCCGUCCACACGAAUCUGGUGGUUGGAAACACAUCCGACGGACAAAAGCCGUGCCCAAUACUUAUAUAGCUUGAUACCUGCUGCCAAGGAGCUCCAGAAACAGGCUGGAUGCUAGAUCUCGUUGAAAACAGCCU